AACAUUAUCAUUCGUUUCUUUAAAGGGUACUACUGUCUGCAUUCAGUUGAACGCGCGCUGCAAUUCACGUGAAAGUACUAUUUUACUUAAGAGAAACGUGCAUUCGCGUAAUAACUUUGACAUGUUAUUAGAAAUAUAAAAUAAACAUUUAUUGUAGUGGGACCCGUGUGUGAUUUUUACCUGUUUAAGAAGGAAUUAUGGAUGUUAUAAUUAUUCCAAGCGGAAAUGAUAAUAAGCAGAAACUUGAUCAGACGUCGACGGAGGACGCGGAGAUCGGUACCCGGGUCAACGGAGCCAAAGGUAAAAGUACCGCGGACGUCAUCGUGCGGCGUAAGAACCGCCAAACGCGACCAGUACGCGUUUUGGUACGACGGUUCGCUGUCAUGGCCAUCGGGUUCGCUUUAUUAGGGGGCCUCGCGGCCGUUUUCUGGUACUUCUUUGGGCCCCAGUUUUUGGUACAGCUCGCCAUUGUCGUUUUGGUUGCUUAUUUGGCCGCCGGUCACUGGAGAUGGUUUUAUGUGGCACUGGUUACGGCUCCCAGGGAUUUAGGUGCCUUAAUAAAAUACAUAAAAUGCCAAAUUCAGGUGAAAUAUUUACAAGGACAAGACCUCCCCCUAUACCAAAUAUUCCAGCAGAAUGUGAGGAAACAUCCUCACAAACCAGCGAUUUUAUUUGAGGAUCAGGAAUGGACGUUUAUGCAGAUUGAUGAAUAUAGUAACAAAAUAGCGAAUAUAUUCAAGAGCCAUGGCUAUAAAAAGGGCGACAUUGUGGCCCUGUACCUCGAAAAUAAACCAGAGUUUGUCUGUAUUUGGUUAGGACUCUCGAAACUGGGAGUAAUUGUUUCUUUAAUCAACACAAACUUAAGGCUGACUUCAUUGGUGCAUUCCAUCACGAUUGUCAAGUCACAGGCAGUCAUUUUCGGUGCUGAAUUGUCACAUGCUCUCACAGAGGUCCUCGAUAAACUCGAAUCCAAAGUAGCCCUCUACCAAAUAAACUGUAAUAAUAAUGCCAGUCCAAAAGACGAAAGAUUCGAAAAUCUCGAUUUGUUGCUCAAAGAUGCCCCCGUUACUAAACCGCAAAUUAAUGAAAAAAUCGGGCAUCACGACCAUUUGGUUUAUAUUUACACCUCCGGAACUACUGGACUGCCUAAGGCCGCCGUCAUUAGCACAUCCAGAUAUUUCUUUAUUGCCGCCGCAAUGAAAUGGUUAUGCGCGUUCCGUCCCUCUGAUCGUUUCUACUGUCCCUUGCCCUUAUAUCACACGGCUGGUGGGUGCAUGAGCAUGGGCCAAAUGCUCAUUUACGGCUCGAGCAUCGUCAUUCGGAAAAAAUUCUCUGCCUCCUCGUAUUUUCCCGAAUGUAGGAAAUACAAUUGCACCACUGCUCAGUAUAUAGGGGAGAUGUGCCGCUACAUUUUGGCAGUACCGCCGAAAGAAAGCGACACCGACCAUAAGAUCAGGAUGAUUUUCGGAAACGGACUGAGACCGCAAAUAUGGCAAGAGUUCGUCGAUAGGUUUAAGAUUAAGAAUGUCGCGGAGUUUUAUGGUGCCACCGAAGGGAACGCCAAUAUUGUAAAUACCGAUAAUACAGUAGGAGCGAUCGGUUUCGUAUCGAGAAUAAUCCCGCAAGUUUACCCAAUAUCGAUUAUCAAAGUAGACGAGCACGGAGAACCAGUUAGGGACGCCAGGGGCCUGUGUCAGGCCUGCGCACCUAACGAACCCGGGGUGUUUAUUGGAAAAAUCAUCCCCAAUAAUCCGUCCAGGGCGUUUCUGGGCUACGUGGACGAGGAGGCUUCCAAAAAGAAAAUCGUUAGGAACGUUUUUCGUAUCGGGGACAGCGCCUUCAUAUCCGGGGACAUCUUGAUCGCCGAUCAGUUUGGUUAUUUGUUUUUUAAGGAUCGCACCGGGGAUACUUUUAGGUGGAAGGGCGAGAACGUUUCCACCUCAGAGGUGGAAGCGGUAAUAAGUAACAUAGUAAAUUACAAAGACGUGGUCGUCUAUGGGGUGGAAGUGCGCGGUAUGGAGGGAAGAGCGGGAAUGGCCGCCCUCUACGACCCCGAACGGACCGUCGAUCUAAACAAGGAGUUUUACCAAGGAUUGGUGAGGGAGUUACCCUCCUAUGCCAGACCGAUUUUCGUACGGAUAUUGACUAAACUCGAUUUAACUGGCACCUACAAAUUGAAAAAGAACGACUUACAAAAGGAGGGCUUUAACCCGUCGAGUACGACGGACAGUAUUUACUAUUUAACGUCGAAGGGCCAGUACGAGCUGGUCACCCCGGAAAUUUACGAGAAAAUCAACUCGGGGGAGAUUCGCAUUUAGUAUUUAAGCGUUAAAUAUCGACUGAUAAGUUUUAAAAAGGUGGUUUUCUUUUUUGACCUAUUGGCAAUUUUUUUUUGAACACUUAUUGGCAUUUCCAAAGUAUUUCGAUGGAGGACUUGUAGGCAACACAUUAAACUGCGCUAUACUUACUUAGCAGACUAAUUACGAUGUUGCCAGCAUGCAAAUAAGUGUGUAAGGUAAACCUAUUCAGUGACAGCCUGGGUUAUGGUGUUUUAAGAAACACGACAAUAACGACAACAUCGCGGUUUAAGGUGUUGUCUACAAGUUUCGAUUAACGGUAUGACAAUUAACGACCGUUAUUUCAAUCAAUGUUAAUCAUUUGUUAUAGUUAGUGUAAACUUACAAAACCGUACUUUUCUUAAAUGGUUAAUAAUUAAUUAUGGACGGCAUGCGAUACCACGAUGUUGCCAAAUCAUUUACGGAUAAAAUAAAUCAUAAUUUUUUUUUCAAAAGUAAAUUUUGUUAGUAAUGGCAACAUAGCGCGUUAAUUCAACGAACCACGACUAGCUUGACAUAAAUAAUUCCAAAUCAAGCACUAGUAGAUGGAUUGUUGUCAAAUAUCUACAGGAGUCAUUUAUACAGUUACUUAGAAGGUAACUGUAGAAAUGAGUACUUAGAAGACACUUACAGGCAGUGAAAGUGACUCAACUUCCUUGAAAUGACUCUCAGAUUACUCUGAAGUGCUUGGAGGAGCAUUAAGACUACUCAAAAGAUAAUUCCAGGCACUCAAAUUCGUAGAAUAGGGUUUCCAGUAACCUUUAAGUGCCUGGAAGAGGCUUUAGAGUACCUAGAAGGCACUUUCAGGCAGUAAAAGUGACUCAACUUCCUUGAAUUAAUUCUCAGAUUAGCCUAAAGUACCUGGAAGAGCAUUAAGACGAUUCAAAAGAUACUUCCAGGCAUUUAGAUUCCUAGAAUGGGGUUUCCAAUAACCUUUAAUUGCCUGGAAGAAGCUUAAGAGUACCUAGAAGACACUUUCAGUCACUAAAAGUGACUCAUCUUCCUUGAAUUUACUCUCAGUUUACCGUAGAUGCCUGGAAAAGCAUUAAGUCUACUCAAAAGUUACUUUCAAGCACUUAAAUUCCUAGAAUAGGGUUUCCAGUAAACUUUAAGUUUUCGGAAGAGGCUUUAGAGUACUUAGAGGCAGUAAAAGGGACUCAACUUUCUUAAAAUAACUCUCAGAUUAGCCUGAAGUGCCUGCAAGAGCAUUUAGACUACUCAAAAGAUACUUCCAGGCGUUCAAAUUUGGAGAAUAGCGUUUCAAUAACCUUUAAAUGCCUGGAAGAGACUUUAGAGUACUUAGAAGACACUUACAGGCAGUAAAAGUGACUCAACUUCGUUGAAUUAACUUUCAGUUUACCCUAAAGUGCCUGCAAGAGCAUUAAGACUACUCAAAAGAUACUUCCAGGCACUCAAAUUUCUAGAAUAGGCUUUCCAAUAAACUUUAAGUGCCUGGAAGAGACUUUAGAGUACUUAGAAGACACUUAGAGGCAGUAAAAGUGACUCAACUUCCUUGAAUUCACUUUCAAUUUACCCUAAAGUGCCUGCAAGAGCAUUAAGACUACUCAAAAGAUACUUCCAGGCACUCAAAUUCCUAGAAUAGGCUUUCCAAUAAACUUUAAGUGCCUGGAACAGACUUUAGAGUACUUAGAAGACACUUAGAGGCAGUAAAAGUGACUCAACUUCCUUUAAUUCACUUUCAAUUUACCCUAAAGUGCCUGCAAGAGCAUUAAGACUACUCAAAAGAUACUUCCAGGCACUCAAAUUCCUAGAAUAGGCUUUCCAAUAAACUUUAAGUGCCUGGAAGAGGCUUUAGAGUACUUAGAAGACACUUAGAGGCAGUAAAAGUGACUCAACUUCCUUGAAUUCACUUUCAAUUUACCCUGAAGUGCGUGCAAGAACAUUAAGACUACUCAAAAGAUACUUCCAGGCACUCAAAUUCGUAGAAUGGGGUUUCCAAUAACCUUUAAGUGUCUGGGAGAGGCUUUUGAGUACCUAGAAAACACUUACAGGCAGUAAAAGUGACUCAACUUCCUUGAAUUAACUCUCAGUUUACCUUGGGUGCCUGGAAGAGCAUUAAGACUACUCAAAAGAUACUUUCAGGCACUCAAAUUCCUAAAAUAAGGUUUCCAAUAACCUUUAAGUGCCUGAAAGCGGUUUUAUACUAUCUAGAAGACACUUUUAGAUUCCCCUGAAGUGCCUGGAAGAGCAUUAAGACUACCGUAGAAUGGGGCUAUUUGAGAAUUUUUUUGAGGUUUUUGAGCGAUAUUUAUAAGACAAAAGUAAGCUUGAUCAAUUUUGUAAUGGCGUUGGAAAGACCUAUGAUAGAGGUAUCUAUUUCUUAUAUUUGACUAACGGCUUCCUCUUCUGGGAGCCGUAAAAAAUUUUUUUUAGGGCCUUCUCAAAUUGCCCCAUAGAGUGGGGCUUUUUGAGAAUAUGGCUUAAAAUUGCAUAAAUCAUCAUUUAUCCACUGAAGGGGAUAUUUGGAAAACAAAAAAAACAUUUUUAAAAAAAUAAAAAACAUGUUAACAUAUAAAAAAAAUAUACAAAACAAAAAAUAUUUCUUGCAACAUUGCAAAUUACAAUUAAAAUAUUUAAACAAAAAAACAUAAAGUAGAUAACUCUAAAAAAUGAUCAAACAAAAAAAAAACAACUUAAAAAUAACUCUGGUUUGAAGGUAACAAAGGUUUCUUGAAGGUUACAAACAGUGGUAACUAUAUGUUUAUUUUAUGUUUAGUUCUGAAAGAUUAUCCGAAAAGGUAAAAAAUUGCCUGGUCCCUGAACCUUCAAUCUUAGGAGGGCUAAGUAUCAUGAUAAUCAUUUCGGUUGUUACCUCGUCUUCAUCUAACUUGGAGGAGAUAAAAAUCUUUCCGUUUUGGAGGAUUUUUUUAAAAACGAUGUUUUGAAAACCCGUUCCCCGUUUAGCAGGGUAACGGAUUUUAUUUGUACUAUAUAACAUUGGCUUGAAAUUGUUGCCGUGUAUCGAACAACUACCCAAUCAUUGACCUUAAGAUUACUAAAGUUUAUAAGAGGAUGGUCAUCAUCGUCACUUAUUUCUUGCUGAUUUUCAUCAUCAUGUUCUUCUGGUUAGAUUUCUUUAUCAGGUUUUUUCAAAUUAAAACAGGGAAGGUCUUCAUCGUCAAUAUUUUGUAGCUGGUCUUCUUCAUCAUCUGAUGAUUCGCAUGAACUUAUUUCAGAAACAUUUCUACUAGUAGACGGGUACAAAUCAGAUGUAGAAACACUUUUUCCUGCUUCUACAGUGAGCUUCUUGCGACGCGGUGCUUUACGCUGCUCACAACUACCCAUACGCAUUUCUUUUAGGACAUCCAAAACUGAGCUUGAAAUGCUUGAAUCUAAAAUAUUAGAAUCUGUACCUGUGGUGGACGAUGCAGGUAAUCUUUCCUUUGGUUACGCAGGAUUUAGAGGGUACAAUCCAGUUUUGGCAAAUCCGGAGAUUAAAUUUUGCCUUCCUUUGCCAUUCUCUUCAAUCUUGUUAUGGAGCUGUGCAAGCAAUCUAGGGAAUACAUCUUUUGAGAGUGUAGUCAUUUUCCGCCCUUGGCCUUUCUUCCACGUUGUCAGAAUUUCGCGCCAAUAUUUCUUAAGUGGAGAAUAAAAUGCGACGUCUAAUGGCUGCAUGACAUGGGUCGCAUUGCUUGGCAAACAAAUAAAUGCAAUAUCCAUUUUCUCGCACGUUUUAAGGACGUCUUCGGAAAAGUGAGAAGAUAAGUUGUCCCCAAUGAGAGCCUAAAAUGAAAAUUAAAUAUGGGUAAAAUGACUUAAACCUCUCUGUUAUACCUACUCACCUUUUUUCCAGGUUUAUUUUUAAAAAAUGGAACUACCACAGUAAAAAACCAAUUUCGAAAACAAGCGGAAUCGAACCACCCGCUUUUAGACCUAUUAUAUCUGGCACCUUUAGGGCCUCCCUCAGUCCAUGAGUCCCAAAGAUGCUCACCUUUAUACACUACAUAAACUGGUAAUAUCUGGCCAUCAGCAGUACCAGCAUACAUUAAGCUUUUGGCUGUUUUUGUCGAAUUUAUCACUCUUUCUGGGUACCUUGAUCCUCUUUUAUAAAUAUAUUUCUUAGUGCCUGGGUUGUCGGUAAGGUUUGUUUCAUCAUAAUUUAUCAUUAAACUAGGAUUUACCGCUAAUAAAGUAUCUCGGGCAUUAUCAAAAAAAUUAUCGAUAACUUCUGGUGAAAGUGAAGCUCUUUUAGUUGAAAUUGGAUGAUAGACGGUUUGAUAUGAGCUUUUCGUGUCGUUUAAGAAAAGCUAAUGCCCAAUCUCUACCAGGAAAGUUAUCCUUCAAACGAACCUCCUGUACACCUUUUUUAUCCAGGUAAUUCUUCGCAAAAAGUCUUAGAUCCAAUAUGUCAAAGAGAAAUCCCCAAGCUGCCACAAUAUUUAGGUAUUUCACAAACUGUUCCUCUUCUUCCUUGGAAAAUAUUGAAGGUCUUCCCGGUUUUUCAAAUAUAUUGGUCCCCCUAGCACGUCUGCUUAUGGUGGCGAUGGGCACUUUGAAAUGCUCGGAGGCCUUAGCCAAAGUUAACCGCCCUUUUUUUACUUCUAUUGCUCUGGCUAAGGCUUUCUCUGAGUAAUGCCUACAUGGCACGUAAUUUUUGCCAUUUCUGACAUGGCUAAAUGUUUUUUUAUAAGUGCGCACCAUUAUCUCAUACCAUUCUAAAAAAGCCAAUUUCAUUUGAAAGCAAUUUCUAACAAUUUUCAAAUAGCCCCCAGUCACUUCUCAAAUUACCCCACUCCAGAAAAUACUGAAUAAAAAAAAAACAAAAGAGUCCUAAAAUGUUUAUGUUACCAAUACACCUUCCUAAAACCCCAUACUUUUAUUUGGAUUAAGUGCCAAUAUCAUACAAUUAAUCGGUUUAGAUUUACAGAGUAAAGUUAACCACUUACCGUUCUUUCACCAAAAAACAAAAGUGUUUUUCCUAAUAUUUUUACGCGCCAAAUAAAACAGCUACCUUUCGUCGAUCUGCGCUCGAGUACGCGGUUGCAUGUGUACUAAUGGCCUUGCGCGGCGUUUGCGUAUUGUUAUUAACUUUGUGGGCGUUGUUGCCGCUUUUAACAUUUUUCGGAUGAAUUCUCAAAUUACCCCUGAUUUCCAGAAUAGCCCCAUUCUACGGUACUCAAAAGAUACUUCUAGGCGCUCAAAUUCGUAGAAUAGCAUUUUAAUAACAUUCAAAUGCCUGGAAGAGGCUUUAGAGUACCUAGAAGACACUUACAGGCAGUAAAAGUGACUCAACUUGAAUUAAUUCUCAGUUUACCCUAAAGGGCAUUAAAACUAACAUUAGAGUUGUAACACUGAGACAUUAAAACUUAAUUAUCCGAUGUAUUAAGAUGACUGAAUAAUUGACAACUUCGUGGUAUGGAUUGCUUUCUGCAAGCCUUGCUUAGUACGAGAGCAAAUGAAAAAAAUAGUGGUAUGAAGCUCAAUUGUUAUGAUUUUUUCCUUGUUCUUCAGCGAAUUACAAAAACAAUUAAAUAAUAAAGAACUUCGUGGUACCUGCGAGCCUUCCUUAGUAAGGAUGCAAAUCCCAAAACGCGUUUCGCACCCCCAUUAAGCUCCGAAGUGAUAAAGCAAUAACACCCGGACUAAAAUGACGUUUUUGGUUUGAUUUUUGUCCGAAUCUCAGUGCGGUUACGUUACAUUUUAAAUAUAAGGUAAAAAAUAUGUUUUUUCCCUACCCUGUAUAGUAGUAAUUGAUACACGUGUGUUCGGUUGUUUGAAUGCACUUUUGCGGUUACUUUUUUUUAUAAUUUUAUAAGUACUGUUAUUAUUUUGUAUAUGUAUAUUAUAACUCAGGCGUGGUUUAUUAUGUUUUCUUGUCAAGUGUUAAUUAAAAUAAAUGAAAAAACAGUUUUA